ACAAAAAAGGUGCACUCCCCUUUGAUUCGCCUCUAUUCACUGCCCUAUUAUAUUCCAUUCAAAUGAAACAAUUCGUUUUAAUAGCGUUGUUUAAUUUCGUUCUAUUUGUUGAAUGUAAAAAUGUUCCGAUCGUAAUAAAUACAUGGAAUUUUUCAUCGGCAACUGCUAAAGCAUGGGAAGUGAUACAAAUAUCGGAACGAACUGCAAUCGAUGCAGUUGUUGAGGGAUGUGCAGUAUGCGAGCGCGAACGAUGUGACGGAACAGUUGGCUAUGGUGGCAGUCCAGACGAAAAGGCAGACGUUGCGCUCGAUGCUUUACUUAUCGAUGGCAAGACGAUGAGCAUUGGUGCUGUUGGUUCAAUGCGGAACAUCAAAAAUGCAAUCGGUGUUGCACGCCGUGUUCUAGAAAAUACGCAGCACACCUUGUUGGUUGGUGAAGGUGCCACUGAUUUUGCCAUAAUGAUGGGCUUCAAAAAUGAAUCGUUGACAACGGAGAAAACACAAGAUCUUUGGAAACAAUGGAAAUCGAACCGAUGUCAACCAAACUUUUGGACAAAUGUAGAACCAGAUCCAACGAGAUUUUGUGGUCCAUACGAACCCACCGAAGCGAAUAGCGUUUACAGUAGCCUCUAUAGCAACGAAUUCAAUAGUAAAAACCAUGACACAAUCGGAAUGAUUGCAAUCGACUCCAACGGUGACAUCGCAGCCGGAACAUCGACCAACGGGGCACGUUAUAAAAUACCAGGGCGCGUGGGAGACAGCCCGAUUCCCGGUUCGGGUGCGUAUGCAGAAAACGGAAUUGGUGCCGCAGCAGCAACUGGUGACGGAGAUGUAAUGAUGCGAUUUCUGCCAUCGUUUGUGGCUGUUGAGGGCCUACGCCAUGGCUACAGUCCAAAGAAGGCUGCUCAAUCGGCGUUUCAGCGCAUACAAAAAUUCCAUCCGAAAUUCUUUGGUGGAAUUAUUGUGGUGAAUCAAGAGGGCGAAUAUGCAGCCGCGUGCAAUGGAAUGGAAAGUUUUCCAUUUUCAAUUGGAACAAAAGACGGCGGUGUUCGUAUCGAAUCAGUUCCUUGUCUAUCACCGACUUCAAACAUUUAAUUUGAAUAGCAAUUUUUUUUUAUCAAAUAAAUUGUAGAACAAUACUCUGCUUUCGAAACCGAAAAACGAAUGGAAUUUCGUUACGUUUUAUUUGAAUUACCUUAUUUUCAUUUUUAAUUGGUUGUUAUUAAAAAGAUUGCAUAAUUUUAAAUAAAAAUGCACUCAAAUCUGUUGUUAAA